AUGGAGCCGACGGUCCAUCCCAGCCCACGUGAUACUUCGGUUUUGACGUUGCAGGCGGAGCAUAGGAGUGAGGAUGUUUGGGGAGGGGGUAUGGACAGGCUUUUGACGUGUCGGGAGCACGUGCUUGGUUUAGGAGAGUGGGUGAUACAUGAUCGAGUCUUGGAGUUUGUUAGAUUAGCAGGGUUCUAUGGUGUACAUAGAUUGGUUGGUGGUGGAUUAGCCUUAGAUAGGUCUUUGAUCACAGCAUUGUUUGAGAGAUGGAGACAGGAGACGCACACUUUUCAUUUGGCUGUUGGUGAGGCUACUAUUACUCUGCAGGAUGUCGCUGUUUUGUUGGGGCUCAGAGUUCAUGGGGCUCCUGUCACAGGGGAUGGUACUGGGGUGUGUCAGGGCCCCCCUGAUGACGCUGCUGAUAUUGUUUAUGAGAGGUUUAGCCGAGCAUAUAUUCUUGCACUUAUGGGGUCCAUUUUGUUUGCUGAUAAGAGCGGUGAUGCCGUGCAGCUCGUCUACUUGCCAUUGAUUCGCGACUUGCGUAGAGCUGGGACAUACAACUGGGGGAGUGCGACCUUAAUUAGCCUUAAAUAG